GGGCGGCUGGGGAGCGCACUCCCCGCAAGAAGGAGCCUCCGCGGGCCUCGCCCCCCGGGGGCCUGGCCGAGCCGCCGGGGUCCGCCGGGCCUCAGGCUGGGCCUACCGUGGUUCCUGGGUCUGCGACCCCCAUGGAAACGGGAAUAGCAGAGACUCCGGAGGGGCGACGGACCAGCCGGCGCAAGCGGGCCAAGGUAGAGUACAGAGAGAUGGAUGAAAGCUUGGCCAACCUCUCAGAAGAUGAGUAUUACUCAGAAGAAGAGAGAAAUGCUAAAGCAGAAAAGGAAAAGAAACUUCCCCCACCACCCCCUCAAGCCCCACCUGAGGAAGAAAAUGAAAGUGAGCCUGAAGAACCGUCUGGUGUGGAGGGUGCAGCUUUCCAGAGCCGGCUUCCUCAUGAUCGGAUGACUUCUCAAGAAGCAGCAUGUUUUCCAGAUAUUAUCAGUGGACCACAGCAAACCCAGAAGGUUUUUCUGUUCAUUAGAAACCGCACAUUGCAGCUGUGGUUGGAUAAUCCAAAGAUUCAAUUGACAUUUGAGGCUACUCUCCAACAGUUAGAAGCACCUUAUAACAGUGAUACUGUGCUUGUCCACCGAGUUCACAGUUAUUUAGAGCGUCAUGGUCUUAUCAACUUUGGCAUCUAUAAGAGGAUAAAACCCCUACCAACUAAAAAGACAGGAAAGGUAAUUAUUAUAGGCUCUGGGGUCUCAGGCUUGGCAGCAGCUCGACAAUUACAAAGUUUUGGAAUGGAUGUCACACUUCUGGAAGCCAGGGAUCGUGUUGGUGGACGAGUUGCUACAUUUCGCAAAGGAAACUACGUAGCUGAUCUUGGAGCCAUGGUAGUAACAGGUCUUGGAGGGAAUCCCAUGGCUGUGGUCAGCAAACAAGUAAAUAUGGAACUGGCCAAGAUCAAGCAAAAAUGUCCGCUUUAUGAAGCCAACGGACAAGCUGUUCCUAAAGAGAAAGAUGAAAUGGUAGAGCAAGAGUUUAACCGGUUGCUAGAAGCUACAUCUUACCUUAGCCAUCAACUAGACUUCAAUGUCCUCAAUAAUAAGCCUGUGUCACUUGGACAGGCAUUGGAAGUUGUCAUUCAGUUACAAGAAAAGCAUGUCAAAGAUGAGCAGAUUGAACAUUGGAAGAAGAUAGUGAAAACUCAGGAAGAAUUGAAAGAACUUCUUAAUAAGAUGGUAAAUUUGAAAGAGAAAAUUAAAGAACUCCAUCAGCAAUACAAAGAGGCAUCUGAAGUGAAGCCACCCAGAGAUAUUACUGCUGAGUUCUUAGUGAAAAGCAAACACAGGGAUCUGACUGCCCUUUGCAAGGAAUAUGAUGAAUUAGCUGAAACACAAGGAAAGCUAGAAGAAAAACUUCAAGAAUUGGAAGCCAAUCCCCCAAGUGAUGUAUAUCUCUCAUCAAGAGACAGACAAAUACUUGAUUGGCAUUUUGCAAAUCUUGAGUUUGCUAAUGCUACACCUCUCUCUACCCUCUCCCUUAAACACUGGGAUCAGGAUGAUGACUUUGAGUUUACUGGCAGCCACCUAACAGUGAGGAAUGGCUACUCAUGUGUGCCUGUGGCUUUAGCAGAAGGCCUAGACAUUAAACUGAAUACAGCUGUGCGACAGGUUCGCUACACAGCUUCAGGAUGUGAAGUAAUAGCUGUGAAUACCCGCUCCACAAGUCAAACUUUUAUUUACAAGUGCGAUGCAGUUCUCUGUACCCUUCCCCUGGGUGUGUUGAAGCAGCAGCCACCAGCUGUUCAGUUUGUGCCACCUCUUCCCGAGUGGAAAACAUCUGCAGUCCAAAGGAUGGGGUUUGGCAACCUUAACAAGGUGGUGCUUUGUUUUGAUCGGGUGUUCUGGGAUCCAAGUGUCAAUUUGUUCGGGCAUGUGGGCAGUACAACUGCCAGCAGGGGUGAGCUCUUCCUCUUCUGGAACCUCUAUAAAGCUCCAAUACUAUUGGCACUAGUGGCAGGAGAAGCUGCUGGCAUCAUGGAAAACAUAAGCGAUGAUGUGAUUGUUGGCCGAUGCCUGGCCAUUCUCAAAGGGAUUUUUGGUAGCAGUGCAGUGCCCCAGCCCAAGGAAACUGUGGUAUCUCGUUGGCGUGCUGAUCCCUGGGCUCGGGGCUCAUAUUCCUAUGUAGCUGCAGGAUCAUCUGGAAAUGACUAUGAUCUAAUGGCUCAGCCAAUCACUCCUGGCCCCUCAAUUCCAGGUGCCCCACAGCCAAUUCCACGACUCUUCUUUGCGGGAGAACACACAAUCCGUAACUACCCAGCUACAGUCCAUGGUGCUCUGCUGAGUGGGCUGCGAGAAGCAGGAAGGAUUGCAGACCAGUUCUUGGGGGCCAUGUAUACCCUGCCUCGCCAGGCCACACCAGGUGUCCCUGCACAGCAGUCCCCAAAUAUGUGAGGCAGAUGCAUCCUAAGGGAAGAGGCCCAUGUGCAUGUCUUUUGCUCUGUAAGCAAAGCUCUUCUAGCAAUAGUAGAUUCUACUGAGAAACUCCUGCCCUGGCCUGGGCUCAUGAUCAACUGAUGGAGUUCCUGAUUUUGACAAAGGAGGUUGCCUCCUUUGAGCAACUUAGAGCAUAGGGAGGAACUUGUCCAUUAGUUUGGAAUUGCGUUCUUCAUAAAGACUGAGGCAAGCAAGUGCUGUAAAAUAACAUCUUACUUGGUGUAUGUGUGUUUUGUUUUGUUUUUUAAAUACAUUUUGAGAAUAAAACUUCAUAUAAAAUUA